UACAAAACUGCUCUCUCUCUCUUUUUGCUUUCGCUUUCAUUCAUUUUUGUUGAUUGCUGUGGUUGAUUGAUUGAUAUUGAUUUGAAAGCACGGAAAAAAGAACACAGGUGAUCCGAUCGUGGUGUUAUUUUUUAAGUUAAAUUCUGCACAAUCAUUAUAAGUUUUGCUUUCAAGUGAGUGUAACAAGAUGACACGACAUGCCAGAAACUGUACAGCAGGUGCUGUUUACACGUAUCACGAAAAGAAGAAAGACGCUGCAGCGUCUGGAUACGGCACUCAGAGUGAGAGAGUGGGAAAGGAUUCAGUGAAGAACUUCGAUUGCUGUAGCCUCACACUGCAGCCAUGCAGAACGCCAGUUGUCACUAAGGAAGGGUAUUUGUUUGAUAAAGAGGCGAUUCUAGAGUACAUAGUGACUAAAAAGAACGAGUACACAAGAAAACUCAAACAGUACGAGAAACAACUCAAGAAGGAGGAAGCAGAGAAGGCGGAACUUGCAGCUGCUGAGAAAGAGGCAAACUUAAUUAAGUUCAUGAACAGGGAAAAGAACAUUUCCACUGUAAAGAGUGAAUCGGGCCCGUCUACAUCCACUUCUGUGUCCAACCUGGCAAAUGGGAAAGAUAAACAACUGCCCAGCUUCUGGGUGCCGUCACAGCUGCCUGAUGCAAAGAUUUCCAAAGUAGAAAAGCCAGAUUCGACAGUGUAUUGCCCAAUCAGUGGCCGGCCACUCAAAAUGAAGGAUCUCAUUGAAGUUAACUGGACUCUAGUGAAGGAUCCAGAUGAUAAGAAGUCGCUGAUAGCAAAAGAGAACAGAUACAUGUGCCCUGUUACUCAUGAUAUCUUGAGUAAUGCUGUCCCUUGCGCUGUGAUCAGAACAACUGGCCAUGUCGUGACAAUGGAGUGUGUGGAAAGGAUUAUAAAGAAGGACUGGACUCACCCCCUCACUGGAGACAAACUGAAAGAGAAAGACAUCAUACCCCUGCAAAGGGGAGGCACUGGAUAUGCCCUCACAAAUCAGAACCUGGAGGGAAAGAAUGAGAGACCUGUUUUACAAGCUUAAGUAGUUAUAGGAUAUUAGAUUUAUUAAUAGUGUUAAUAAAAAUUGAUUUAAUGACAAA